UAUGUUACAUUUGAGUAAUACAACUCUAAGUUCUAACCAUAAGUGUAUACAUCAGUUACAUCAUGCUAAAUUUAUAAUUUGCUCCGUUAUAAAAGAGCGUAAAAUCUUGCUUUUAUUUCUGCUUCUUUGUACAUCAUAUGAACGUUAUUCGCUAUAAUUUAUUUUUUCAAAGUUAACAAAUAUAUAUAUAUUUAUAUAUUUUUCUUUUUAAAAAAAAUUAUAUUAUGUCUACUAUUCGAAGAGGAUUAAUUUGCGCAACAUUAAGUAAAGCAGUUACAUCAAUUGAUUCCAAGAAUCGCGAAAAUAUACAAAAACAAUUUGAAUUUAUAAAACAAACGAUUCUUGCUGAUAAUUCUCUUACAAAUGAUGAAAAAACUGAAGCAAUAAGAUUAUGUAAUAAAAAUUGUGAUCGAGAAAAAAUUCGUCGUAAUGAAGGAACAAGAAGAAUUUGUGAAAAUUGUAAUAAAAAAUGUUUGGCUACAUCAUAUUGUGAAUAUUGUGUCCGAAAUCAUUUAAAAGGAAAAUUUUCAAGUUGGUCAUCUGGAAAUAAUGAUAUUGAUAAUUUAAUACAAAAAUGUCAAUCAGAAACACUCAAUCCAAAUAUGAUAACUGAAUGGAUCCCAUAUAAUAAUUUACAAAAGAUUGAAUAUUUAACAAAAGGUGGAUUUGCUAAAAUUUAUAGAGCUACUUGGAUUAAUGGAGGAUAUUAUGAAUGGGAUUCUGAGAAUCAACAAUUACAAAGAUUUGUAAAUCAAGUUGUAAUAUUAAAGGAGUUAGAAAAUAUUGAAAAUGCAAGUCAAAAUUGGUUUGAAGAGGCUAAAUCACAUUUAACUAUAAGUAAUAAGUACACAUUAAUUGUUCAAUGUUAUGGUUUAACACAAAAUCCAUCAAAUGGUAAUUAUAUGCUUGUAAUGGAUAGGAUGAAUAUAAAUUUGAGAGAAUAUUUACAACAAAAUAAUAAUCAACUAAUAUGGAAAGAGAGAAUUGAAAUUAUGCAUAAAAUAAUCAAUGCAAUUUAUUAUAUUCAUAAAGAGAAUUCAAUUCAUAGAGAUUUGCAUUCUGGAAAUAUAUUAUAUUCCCAAUUUAGUGAUAAUUGGUGUAUUAGUGAUCUCGGAUUUUGUGGUCCUGUAGAUAGACUAUCAACAAGUAUAUAUGUAUUGGCAUGCUUAUGUGGGAAGUUUCAGUUGGACUACCACCAUUUAUGAAUCAUGAGCAUAAUUACGAUCUUGCUCUUAAUAUUAUUAAUGGUAUGAGGCCAAAAAUUAUUUCAGAAAUUCCUUUAAAAUACAAAAAUUUAAUGGAAAAAUGCUGGGAUG